UUUAGUCAGAGCUUUCUGCUGAGCAGUGAAUGUCUGCGGCUCUCCUCCCACACACCCACACCAGUAUAAACAUUUCUGUGGAGUGGAGACUCCCUCUGUGGUCCGUCCACAGGUCACUCGCUAGCGAGAGUGCAGACCGGCGGGAUGUCACAGCUCGGGGGCCAACCGUCAACUUUCCCUGAGAUCGUGGAGCUCAACGUGGGCGGCCAGGUGUAUGUGACCCGUCUGGAGACCCUCACCGCGGUGCCCAACUCCCUGCUGUGGGUCCGCUUCACCCAAAGUUCCCCGUCGGAGCUGCCUAAAGACCGCCACGGCCGCUUCUUCUUCGACCGGGACGGACAUCUUUUCCGAUACAUUCUGGACUACUUGCGGGAUGCGGAGCUCUUCCUGCCGGAGUUUUUCAAGGAGCGGAAGCGGCUGCAGAGGGAGGCGGACUUCUUCCAGCUGCCGGAGCUGGCCAAGCGCCUAGUGGAGACCGGCUACCCCGACGACGGAGGCGACCCGGAGGAGGCUGAGCUCGGCAGCCCCGUCACCUCCUCCACGUCCUCGGAGCGAGCCCUCCGCUCCCCGGGCUCCGGCUCCGGGUACAUCACCAUCGGCUACAGAGGCAGCUACACCAUCGGCAGGGACAUCCAGGCGGACGCCAAAUUCCGCCGGGUGGCCAGGAUAACCGUCUGCAGCAAGAUCUCUCUGGCCAAAGAGGUGUUCGGGGAGACCCUGAACGAGAGCCGUGACCCGGACCGGCCGCCCGACAAGUACACGGCCCGGUACUACCUGAAGUAUAACUUUCUGGAGCAGGCGUUCGACCGGCUGGCCGAGACUGGCUUCCACAUGGUGGCCUGCAACUCCACCGGGACCUGCUCAUACGGCAGCAACGACCCGGGGGAGGACAAACUGUGGACCAGCUACACCGAGUACGUCUUCUGCCGGUGAUCGUCUUUCUGUCCCUGAACGUCUCACGAGACGUUUGAGUCAAACUCGGAGAAGUCACAAUCUACACCACUAUUUUAAUGUUUGUUUCUAUUUUAUUCCUUUUCAUUCAGCUUUAAUCUAAUAUUGUCAAGCAAAAAGUAUUUUAAAUCUUUAGAUAACAAAUUGCUAUGUUGGAAUUAAUGGCCUUUCUGACUCUCAAAGAAGCUUCUGUCUGAAGCAGACGCUCCCACGGGGGAAAUGUCAGGACUUGCUGUCUUUUUUUUUUUUUUUUCAAUUUUUUUAACCACUGAACUUUCAUGUUACUAUGUUGCCAGAGGCUGUAGGGAAGCAGAUAAAGUAAGAUUUGCCAUGGGAAUAAUGGAAAUUGUGUAUUUUUUCCCAAAUACUCCAGUUACUUUCACUGUUUUUAACUCUAUCAGUAUAAAAGCUUCUUUUGUUUCUAUUUUUGCUCGGAGUGUUUGCUUGAAAAUAUAAUAUCAGUAUGUCUGUGUGCUACCAGCUGAUAUACUGUUGAUGUUUUCUUGGUUAAUGUACAGAAAAUAAAGUGUCAUUUUUGUAACACUAA